CGCGCAAUAACGAUACUCCUCAGAUUUUCCCAAUAUGGCAGACAUCGAGAUUCCAGCAAAGGGUCUUGCAGGCGUAGUUGUGAAUGAAGGGCCCGACUUCAGGGUUGAAGUGCAAGAGGUGGACGUGCCCGAGCCAAAGGAUGGUCAAUUGCUGCUUAGACUGAAUUGCACUGGACUCUGCAUGAGCGAUGUCCAUUUUAUGCUCAAUGACUGGGCGGUUCCACCUAUGUCUCAUUUCGGAACCAAAUGUGCUGGCCAUGAAGGCGCCGGAGUUGUGGUAAAGGUCGGAAACAAUGUUGAAGGCUGGAAGGUCGGCGAUCGAGCCGGCAUCAAGCCAAUCUGGGAUGUCUGCCACAAUUGCGAGCAUUGCUGGAAUGGUCGCGAGAACUACUGCCAGAAGGGAGUGCACACUGGUCUCCUUGCAGAGGGGACAUAUCGCCAAUACCUUGUCUCGCCCGCGAUCUACACGAGUAGAAUUCCCGAUGGCGUGCCAGACGAGGUUGCAGGUCCUAUCAUGUGUUCCGCAAGUACCAUGCACCGAGCGUUGAUCGACUCUGGUCUGAAGCCUGGCAAUUGGGUUGUGUUUCCAGGAGGUGGUGGAGGAGUGGGAAUCCAGGGAGUGCAGCUGGCGAAGGCCAUGGGAAUGAGGCCAAUCGUAAUCGACAGCGGCGACAGCAAGAAAAAGCUCGCAUCUGAGAUGGGCGCGGAAGAGUUUGUCGACUUCAAGGAGCACUCUGAUGUAGCUGCUCGCGUGAAAGAGGUCGCAGAUGGAAUUGGAGCUCAUGGAGUCUUGGUCACAGCGUACCAGGCAUACAAGGACAGCUUCUCGUACAUUGGAGAUCGUGUUGGCGGCAAGAUCAUGUGCAUUGCAUUGCCACCUGCUGGCCAGGUGACAAUAAGCACCGAUCCCAACUUCUUGAUCUUCAAGAACACCUCAGUCAUCGGCACACUGGUAGGCACAAUGCAGGACACUGCCGCGGCUCUCGAAUAUGCCCGGCGUGGCUUGCUGAAGGGCAUUGCAGAGGUGCGAGGCGUCUCCAGAUUUAAUGAAAGUGUUCAGGCUCUUCGACGGGGAGAGGUUGCAGGCAGAAUUGUCAUCGACUUCAACAGGGAGUAGCUGACGGGGCGACGGGGCGACGGAUGUGAUGCGUGUAGAAGCAUUUCUGUACAGCGGAUAUGAGCGCAAUUCCAGGAAUCAUGCCAUCG